GAACAGUUCUUCUUCUAAAAGAAAAGGCCUCACCUGAACCAAUUAAACUUAACCAAAGUACAACUUAUGACAUAAAUGAUGGUACACAACAAGUUUCAGACGAGUACGAAAUUAAAUUAGCCACACUUUCAUAUACCAAAGAAUUAUCAAAAAUAUUAGAAAAUGGACCAGAAAAAAAGUAUUGGGGAAUUAUAGCAACUAGCCAAAAAGCUGUUAAAGGGUUAAAGCUUGCUUGGAACAACUCGUUUAACGAUGUUACUGAAGCAACAGCAAAAGCAGCCGAUGAUUUGAAUUUCAAUACAUUAGGACUAAAAUCGGGCAAUUCAGAAUCCCUUGCAGAAUAUAUUAUCCAAUUUCAUAGUGAGAAUAACCCAACCGCAUUAUCCCUCUUAUUUCUAACGGGUGAUAAACGUCUUGAUAAGCUUCCAACACGAUUAUCAGAAGUUGGAAUAAAACUGGAAGAAUUAUUAGUCUAUGAAACAAGACCUGACGAAAACUUUUCCACAGAAAUGGUGAACAUUGUCAAAAAUAAUAGACAAAUGGAUUGGAUUGUAUUCUUUAGUCCAAGUGGUGUAGAUGUAGCGUUGGAAAGUUUAAUGAAAUUGGACUUAUGGAAGACCGUAAAGAUCGCAUGUAUUGGAAAAACUACUGGAGACUAUCUUGAGAAGAACGGUAUAAAAGUUCAUGUAAUAUCUCCAAAACCCGAGCCUGAAAGUUUGGCAUGCAGCAUCAACAAAUAUCCAUCAUCAGAAAUAAUUAAUUGUUAG